CGGUCUAAAGAGAGCAAAGGAGCGCGAGAGCGGUACAGGAAGUGGCUAAUUCGCGUUCAGAGAGCGUAUAAAUUUUCAUCAGUACGGACGUAGGACAAGCUCAACCAGGCUUUUAUUUUUUUACAGAUAGAAUAAAACGAAACUGAAAAGUCAUUCACUGGAAAAUCUGCAAACUAUUUUUACUCUACUGCCUUAAAACUAUCACCCCCUAAAAAAAUAACCGAAAAAAACCUAACCUAAAAAGGAGAAACAUUUAAAGGAAUUCCCUGCACCUGCGGCCCCAAAAAACGAGACACCAAAAACAACAUCGACCACAAAUACAUAGUAUGAAUGUCGCCUAAAUAUCAUAAUUUUGAGAUUGCACUGGUAUAUUUUCUGCUGCUGAUACCAUGGCCGCCCACAAAUGUGAUCAGAAUUCUUUGCUCGCGAGAUAACAGCCGACUGGUGCGCAAGAUAGUGCGCUCCAAAUGGACCCCCAUAUUGGACAAGCAUCAAGUGAAGCUCCCGCUGGAGUGCCCACUGCAUCCGUUCCGGGAUGUUUUUGCUCCCCGACAGGAUGCCAAGCAAAGGGACCGACCCACUCAGUGGACGUGCAGGAAAUGCGGCAAGAGCUUCUACCAGGAGAAGCACCUGGAUCUGCAUUUCGAGACACGCCACAAGAGUAUCAUCAAUGAGGCGGAGGAUGCUGUUUGCCUAGCCGACUUCUGCGACAUUAUGCGGUGCGAGGUUUUCGAGACGGAGGAUGCGUCGAGCCUCAAGUUCGGGGAGCAGCACAUUGUCACGGAAAUCGAGGUCUGGGGCGACUCCCUGGGCCAGAAUUCCGCGUUGGCCAAAGCGAAUGCCGCCUACUUGAGCUUAAUACCAAGAACUUCCACACUGGGUGCCUCGCGUGCCGCUAAAGUACAAAACCGUCAAUUACUCCAAGACAAGCCAAGUCAGGCCAGCAAGACGGAUCAGUCGCCGGCAGGUGAGCGAAUCCAUCCCCACUCCCACCACCACCACCAACACCUCCAUCCUCGAGAGCGUGAAUCCACCACAGCCAAUCCCCUUCGCCUAGAUCCAUCAACGGAGGACGGAUCGGCGGUCAGGCCGAGAUCGGCAGGCGAGAAGCUGCUCCACAAGCUCAAGGAGCUGGGCAAGGCGCACCUAAGGUCCUCAGCAGAUCCGGAGUCCAGCAGGCAGAACGAAACGGACGAGAAGGAGGACGAAGAAGGCAGUGGGCAUUCCGAAGGCAGUGGCCAGUCCACUGACGAGACCAAAACAGAGGAGGGAUCGGGUGCCAAUGGAAACGGGAAUAAGGCGAGGGCCAACUGCAAGCCGGAGGAGCUAAGCAAACUGAAAAGCCGCUGUGAGAUGCUGCUGAGGAGUUGCAUCGGAGGAUUGCUUUUGUCCAUGUCGGAUCAGGCCUUUAAGGAGAUGGAAGAGGAGAUGAACAAGGCUGUGUGCUGGUACUUGACCUGCGAUCGCUACUGGGAGGAUGGUCCCUUGGAGCCGCGUGCCUUCCCCUGGGGGUUGAUUGUGAUCCUGAUCUUCGUGCUGUCCACCGGCAUCUGUUUCUGCUACUACAUCAUCUGGAUCCUGUUCGACUCCGAAGAGACGACAAUCAACGCGAACCACUACUACGGCCAGGGAGCCAUCGCCGGAGGAGGGAGCAUCUACAUGCCAGGAGCAGUAGCGGGUCAUCACUACCAUGUGGACUAUGCCACGCGGCACGACCUCGACCUGGACGCCGGCGUGAUAGCUGGUCAGCAGCAGCAGUUGCUCCAGGAGCAGCAGUUCUACUACCAGCAGCAGCAGCAGCAACAGCAACUGCAGCAGGCGGCAUCCGUCCGGGACUUGUAUCCGGAGCAAGUGCAGUACCACCGCCACAGUCCGCGGCACUACAUCGCAGAUCCGCGUCCGGUGGGUCCACCAGUGGGCACACCCACCCAAGGGGCCGUUCGCAGCAGCUCCUCCAACGCCAACACGCCGUUGCACCACCGGGUGCAGCAACAUCCGGGACAGCAUCCCCACCUGCAACAUCGUCACUCGACGAGCCUGGCCUACCCACAGGACAUUUUAGACCGACGCGACUAUACAAGUAACUCCACGCGCCCCAUCGCCACUAAUAUGGUGGCUGGAUCGGGAUCGGGAUCAGGAGCGGGACAAGGCGCAGGGGCACCCGGCGAUACCCAGCGGCACUACAACACGCAUCCGCGGCCGCUGGAGACGAGGCAUCGCCAUGUGGGCUCCUCGCAGCAAUCCCUUCGUGCCUCCGCCUCCACGCACGAGAUCGUGCAGCAGGAGGCGGGAAUGGGUCAGAAUGAGCACUACAUCUACGUCACCUAUCCGCCGGACCUCAAGAAGCGCUACUUCGAGUGACGGAAAGGGCUGGAUACUCCGGUGAUCGAUCGAUGAUCGUUCUAAGGAGACUGCGGAGGAGAUAGAUCGGAAGAUGGAGAGACCAAAGAGCCCUCGGAAGGAGAGCCAAGAAACGAUACCAAAGCCAGAGGAUCAACGAUAGUUGGUCGUUUGAUGAUGAUAUAGAACGUUGCAGCGGAGGACUGGCCGCCAACCUAACCCCAAAAGUUGGUUUUUUACUUUUAGCCUGCAAAUUCUAGAUUUGUGAACUGUGCUGUUCUUUUUUAAUUCUACAAAAUAAAUUGCAAUAUUUCUGUACAAUAGAAAUCAUGUAUUAUAAUUUCCGUCAAAAGUUUGCAACGUUGUGAAGGACAUUUCCAUCCAUAAGU